AUGUACAUAACUGAAUUGGGAUUUAGAGAUCAUGAGGACCAGGUGGAUUUCAUCAAGGAGAAAAUCUUCUUCAUUGCUGGGAAGUGUUUCAUUUCAGCAAAGGAUGGAGAAGCAAGGCUGACAGUUGUGAAAACACUGAAAGAGUUUGCGUUUGGCCAAACUGAAAAGUGCGUUAGGAUCAAUUCAGUGUCCAGUGGUCUUGCAGAACAAGAUCUCGAGGUCCUUUUGAGGUCCAGUGUUCUUCCUUCAAGCCUGAUGCUGCCAAAAGUUGAAAAUGCUGAAGAAAUAAGAUGGUUUACAGACAAAUUUUUAUAUCACUUAAAAGGCCGACCACUUGUAGAACCAAUGAAUUUAAUCCCUUUUGUGGAAACUGCAAUGGGGUUGCUCAAUUUUAAGGCAGUCUGUGAAGAAACAUUAAGAAUAGGAUCCCAAGUUGGCCUUCAUUUGGAUGCAGUAGUCUUUGGAGGAGAAGAUUUUCGUGCCAGCAUAGGUUCUGACUUGUUUAUUUAUUUAAAAUGUGCUACAAAUAGUAAAGAUACUCAUGAUAUUCUAUACGCCAGGCAAAAAGUUAUUGUCACAGCAAAGGCUUUCGACCUACAAGCUAUAGACAUUGUUUAUAUUGAUUUCCGAGAUGAAGAUGGGCUCCGUAGACAGUCAAGAGAGGGGGCGCUAAUGGGUUUCACUGGUAAGCAGGUGAUUCACCCUAACCAAAUUGCUGUUGUCCAGGAACAGUUCUCUCCAAGCCCUGAAAAAAUAAAGUGGGCACAAGAAUUGAUUUCUGCUUUUGAAGACCAUCAGCAAUUAGGAAAGGGAGCCUUUACUUUCCAUGGGAGUAUGAUAGACAUGCCGUUACUGAAGCAGGCACAGAACAUUGUGACGCUUGCUGCAGCUAUCCAGAAAAAAUGAUCUGUUAAAUGAAGUUCUUACCAUGUGAGCAGAGAAGCAGUUUUAAUGAAGGACUGUACUACUUUGGGGAAAAUGAAAAGACAUCACAUUUAAGCAGAAGUCCAUUUACAUUUCUGCAGAUCUGACAUAAUUUUUCUUGCCAAACUUGCUCAUUACCACAAUUAUGUCUGAUUUAAAUUCCUGCUUGCUCCCGUGCAGCCCACGUGCUCCUCCUCUUACAUCCUGGAGUGAAGUCAUAUUGCUGGGGAUAUGACAUCACAACAAUUAUUAUAAUAACCACAGGGAUUAUGACUUCACUGGAGGACAGCUGUGAUGACAAUAACUCUUCUAAAAUAACUAAUGAAACAGAAAAAUCAGGUCAAAUACUUUGGUUUUGUCGGUGUUUCCCCCUUGUCCUAUGAUAUUUGCUAUAGUGUAGAAGUCCUUUUUCGAAGGGCAAAUUCUUCUAUAAUUACUAAACAGUUGAGAUUGUUGUUAUGAAACUCAUUUUCCCAUGUGGGCUUUUUUCUUUGCCAUAAAUGUACAACUGUCAUUAAAAAGUGAAUGUGCCAUAA